UCUUCCUUACUUUUCAGCCAUGAAUAAUAACGACAGAACACUAGUCGAAGACAUUAAUGAAGACCCAGUGAUAGACGAAGGCAAUAAUAACGACCAAGCGCUAGGAGAAGACAUUCCACCGCUGAUUAGGAAGAAAAUCAUUGCUGUAUUUUCAGGAUUAUUAGCGUUUAAUAUAAAUCAUAUAAUUGGGGCUG